AUGGCGACGGCGACCAACAUUUAUUUGGACCCCACUAAGGAUGUAGGGGUCUACAGCUCCAGUAUUCGGGAAGAUGCCGCUCGUGUCACGAGUAAGAUUCUACAGGAAGAUAUGGAGAAUCACCAUGUCUUCUUCAAUGAUGAAGGAUUCCAUAACCAUAUUGUUCAUGGAAUCCUCACCAUCUAUGCACUUGGCGCAUCCCCUGAAGAAAUUUGGGCCCAUUACGAGAGAAACAAGAGUUACCAACGACCAUCAUAUCCGAUCAACGAAGAUACCAUUCAAGCUAUGCAUGAUAGUACCAAGUUCCAAGGCUUUCUAGGAAAAGAAGACCAAUACUCGAACUUUUUAGCUUUCUUCCAGAAUGCUAUUGAUACCAAGGGAGUCAGUCAAGUCCUCGGGGAGUAUUUAUUUGCUGGUGACGACCGCGCUGAAACAAUGUUUUGUCGGCUGUUUGGAGGACUGGUACACCCGCUCAUUCACCUCGGUUUUGGGCUGGAGUUCAACCAACCUGCCAUUGUGGCCCAGGGCCUGGCCCAAGCAGCCGUUCAUGCCGAUUGGAUGGGUCGCGACUUCUUUCUUGCCGCCGAAAAAUUGGCCGGCGGAGUUGGAAAACCCGGGGAGAAGUCACUUUUACUGCUCUUAAAUGAAGUCCGCAAAGAUCAGACAGUGAAGAGGUCUGUUAAGUUCUCUGACACCAACAAGUUUAGGGAUGGAGUGUUACACCGUGCGCCACAGGAAAUGCUCCAGUAUGCUGCUCAGUAUACAGUUUCCGCAGAGCAGAUACCAGAGAGAUUGGCUGAUAUGAUCAACACCGUUGUGUACUAUACGAGCGCCGCGCAGCGUCGCGACAAGGAGAUAAAGAUCGACUUUUUCUUCAUCCACAGUCUCAACUCCUCCAUCUUCUUCUCCACUCUUAUGGAACUUCCAUACCUCAAGCAGGAAUGGAAAUGCCGUCUACUCGAAUGGAAAGGCCGUCUUGAUCUUCUGACUUACGUUUCUCGCAACUCCCCGGACCUCCUCAUAGACGAAGUCACUAAUUACCCAGCCAACAAAGACUGGCAGACUGUGAUCUCGCACAGUAUAGCACACCCAACCGAUGACGGUCAUCUAUCCAAGCUGGUGCGAGCUGUAGCGCAUGGGCAGAAUGUGUGUCGGCGAUUUGAGAAGAAAGAUGCAAUGCCGAUCUCUGGUGAUAUGUGGCUUAAAAUUGGGAAUAUGGGUAAGCUUCUAUGUGCGACAUGCCAAUGUCACUUGCUGAUUGGUCUACCUUCAUAG